AUGCCGGUCAAAUCCAAAUCAACAAGAUCUGCAUCCAAAGCUAGCACCAGCUACAAUUCCGAAGACGUCCCUUCCAGUAUGGUCAGUUUAAGAGGAUUAUAUCUCAUUGUCAGAAUUCCAUUCAAAUUAUUAGCCUUCUUAGUUAAAUAUCCAUUUGCUGGAGGUAUAAAUGAAAAAUUUAGAACAAAUUUAAUUAAAUCUUUAAAACUUUAUGUUUGUCGAUUAGCCCUUGCUGUUCCAGUUAGAGAUUCAGCUGUAUUAUCAAUUAUGAGUUCACAUUUCUUAUUAAAUAAAUUAUUAAAAGUAUUAUAUCCUCAAUUAACCAAUUUACAUUCAUAUGGAGAGAAAUUUGAUGACCAUAGUUAUUAUAUUGUUGAUUCACCCUUUAGGGAUCCUGCUAUUCAUCCAGUAAUUAUUUAUUUACAUGGAGGUGGUUAUUAUUUUGGUACGGUUCCACAACAAGCUGAAUCAUUAUUAUGUAUCUAUCAUCUAUUGCCCGUCCAGAAACAAAGGAAACUAACCGUGUUGCAUCUUGAUUAUAAAUUAGCAAGUCAUGGAUAUCCCAUGACCAAUCAACUUCAUGACUUGCUCCAAACUUAUGAUAAAUUAGUUAAAGAAGGUAAUAAGAACAUUAUCUUAUUAGGAGAUUCAGCUGGUGGACAUCUUUCGAUCGUGUUUAUGCAAUAUCUUAGACAUCAUCCAAACCUUCAUUUACCUUAUCCUAAACAUGUCAUCCUCGUUAGUCCUUGGUGUAAAGUGGUACCUGAUGAUCAUCAAAAUUUACCAGGGGGUUCAUAUCAUGAUAAUCAUGAUCGAGAUAUGAUUCAAUUCCCAUUAUUUAGAGAACUUGAUAGAAAAGAUGAUUUGUUGGGUGAUGCUGAUUUUGGUCAUAUUAUGGUUUCACCUGGUAAUAACUCUUAUGAUCAUUCUGAUUGGGAAAAGAUUCCAACCUUGACUGAAGAAGGGUUUGGUGCGUGUGUUAUUCUUGGUGAACAUGAGACUUUUAGGGAUGAUAUUUUGGAAUGGUGUAAAUGGGCACUUAAAUGUCCUUUCUAUGAUAUGAAUCAUUAUGAUUCUCAUGGAGAAUUCAAUCCAAAGAGACAUGAAUAUAUAAAUGAUGAAAAGGCAAAGAUUAGAGUAUAUAUGGAACCUUGGGGUUUACAUGAUUCUACGUUCUUCUUUGAGAAUCAUUUAAUAAGUACUUUAAAACUGAUUCAUCAUCAUAAGGCAAUUGAUAAGAUUGAUAAUCAUGAAUUCUUUGGUAUAACUAGAAUUGUUAAAUAUUUAAUUGAUGUCAUUUAA